UUACCGCUGAUUAUCGAGACUGCAGAUUCCCUUUCUCGAUCAACGUGAGAAGUCGAAUAAUCGAUUGUGGGCGACGAAAAUUUCUACAAAAUUUAGAGUUUCUCGCCGAAAGACCCCGAUUCAAUCAUGAAACCUCUUGCCCUGCAUGGCCAUGAGAGGAACAUCACGCAGAUCAAGUACAAUCGCAUGGGUGACUUGCUCUUCUCGGCAGCAAAAGACACAAGACCAACAGUCUGGUAUUCACUGAAUGGCGAACGGCUUGGCACAUACAAUGGCCAUGGGGGAGCUGUCUGGUGUAUAGAUGUUAAUUAUGAUACAACACAAUUCAUAUCUGGAGGUGCAGAUAACUGCUUAAGGUUAUGGGACUGUGAAAAAGGGGUUACUCUCUCAAAAAUUGAGACUAAAUCUGCUGUCAGAACCUGUGGCUUCUCCUAUGGGGGCAAUGAGAUCAUGCUUUCCACAGACAGACAAAUGGGACAGUCAUGCAGGAUUUUAAUCUUCGACGUCAGAGACAACAUGGAGAGCCCUAUCUUGACAAUUCCUGUCGACAAUUCAAAAGUAACUGCAGGUUUGUGGGGCCCAUUGGACCAAUUCCUCGUCACUGGCCAUGAGAAUGGUGAAUUAUGUCAGUGGGAUGUGAAGUCUGGUAACAAGUUAAUCAGCGUCCAGGAACACUCCAAACAGAUCAAUGAUAUACAGAUGUAUAAGGAUAGCACCAUGUUCGUCACCGCAUCAAAAGACACUACAGCUAAAUUAUUUGAUACUGACUCCUUGAGACAUUUGAAAACUUACAAGACAGACCGACCAGUGAACUCCGCAGCACUGUCCCCAAUUAAAGACCAUGUUGUGGUUGGCGGUGGCCAAGAAGCUAUGGAGGUCACAACUACUUCAACUCGUGUCGGCAAGUUUGAUGCCAGGUUCUUCCAUGUUGUAUUUGAGGAGGAAAUUGGCCGAGUGAAAGGGCAUUUUGGUCCCAUUAACAGUUUAGCGUUCCAUCCCGAUGGAAGAAGUUACAGCAGUGGUGGCGAAGACGGCUACGUGCGGAUACACUCAUUUGACCCUUCUUAUGACGAUAUCGAGUUCGAGUAUUAGACUAAUAAUAAUAAAUACCACCAAACAUAAA